AUGUAUCCUCAGAAAAUCGCUUUCAUUACCGCCUUCCUGGCUCUCGGUAGCAACGCUCUUCCUACCUCUAACGGCGAGGAUUGGACCUUCUCUACCAAUAAGAACGCUGCUCGCAGCACCAAUGGUGAAGAUUGGACUUUCUCGACCAACAAGAAUGCCGCCCGCUCUACAAACGGCGAAGAUUGGACCUUCUCUACAAACAAGAACGCUGCUCGUUCUAACGGUGAGGAUUGGACAUUCUCCACCAACCAGAACAAGGCUCGCAGCACCAACGGUGAGGACUGGACGUUCUCUACCAACAAGAACGCUGCCCGUUCUACCAAUGGCGAGGACUGGACUUUUUCCACCAACAAGAACGCUGCACGCAGCACCAAUGGUGAGGACUGGACUUUCUCGACCAACAAGAAUGCCGCCCGCGCCACCAACGGAGAAGACUGGACCUUCUCUACUAACAAGAACGCCGCUCGUUCUACUAACGGAGAGGACUGGACCUUCUCCACGAACCAGAACAAGGCUCGCUCUAACGGCGAGGACUGGACCUUCUCUACCAACAAGAACGCUGCCCGUUCCACCAACGGCGAGGAUUGGACCUUCUCGACCAACAAGAAUGCUGCCCGCGCCACCAACGGAGAAGACUGGACCUUCUCGACCAACAAGAAUGCCGCCCGCUCUACAAACGGCGAAGAUUGGACCUUCUCUACAAACAAGAACGCUGCUCGUUCUAACGGAGAGGACUGGACCUUCUCCACGAACCAGAACAAGGCUCGCUCUAACGGCGAGGACUGGACCUUCUCUACCAACCAGAACUAG